AUGCAUACUACAUGGUUUGGUUUAGGUACGAUGCCGCGGCAAAGUCGUUCAAGAAGUAAUCUCUCUGAAGAAGAAAAAACGAAGCGUAGACGAGAACAGAAAAAGAUUAACAUACGCCGUGCUCGAGCCAAAAUAGACGAAGCUGCACUUGAGGAAAGAAGAAAGAAAGACAGGGAAAGAUAUAAAAAGAAAAAAGAGCAAGGUCAAAUCAAGAAUAUUAAGGAUUGCACACCAAGAGAACAAAGAAAAAUUAGAAGGAUAUGGAGAGAGAAGGCCAAGAAAAAACGUGAAAAGGAAAAAGAAAAAACUAAGGCACUUAAUUUCAUAGAAGAAAACACUCCGCCGUCUAGUCCUUCGUUUUCACGUGUAAAUGUUGGCAGAGCAGUGACAACACGCAAUAGACGAAGAAUCGUUGCAGAAAAUUCUUAUCAGAAAAAAGAAUCGAAAAUCGCCAAAUACCGUAUGCGACAUAUAAAAGAAAAGACAUAA